AUGAACGUUCAUAGUAGUGAUGAUCUGAACCUUUCCCAAUCCCCCCCGUUCCCGUUCCCAGACGAAUACUCGGUGAAACUUCGCCCUGCCAAGGCCAACGGGAAAGUUAUCGGUGACAAAGGAGCUCGGGGGAAAAUGCUAUACAGGGUCAUGAGGUACUCUCCAUCGUCGUACACCACGAAGAUCAAGGUACUGCUUUUCAACCUCAAGGGAGGCGAUUCACCCGUGUACGGUUUUGCAGGCACCUGCUCAGGAGUUCCCGCGACAACGCUGGCCUUUCUGAACAUCACACGCCCCAAGGCCAAGCGCUUCAGCUGGAAAUUCGAGUCUGAACAGAGCGUGGCCAGUCAAAGUGCCGGCAAAGCGGCUCUGGAUGCAGUUGUGACGGAUGCGUACGGUACUGUAGGGCGUGCGGGGAACAAGUUGGCGUUGUGCGGCCCGGUGUUUUACUGGUACCCGAAGAUGUAG